AUGCGUCGCAAGCGUGAUGAAAACGAGGAAGCUUUGAUUGAAGAGCGUGCACGGAAGAAGAUGCUACAGUUUGUAGAGGCCAGACAGUUCUUUGACUUCAAGUUCACAGUCCAGGGUGCACCGUUCUAUAAGGAGCAAGUGCUGGAGGACCUCCCUUCCGCCGUCGAAGAAUUAGACUGUCCAGUGAUCUUCUACGAUCUGGUGAACGAUUAUUACGUCUCUGACUCGGAAUUGGGCAAGGCCUUUGUGGCCGCCGUCGCGGAUAACGUCCACAACAUGGAGGCUUUCAACGAACUCGACAGAAUGAAGGAGUUCCUUGUUAAAACGCCUAUUUUCGCAGCGGACCUGAUCUCUGAGCUGAUCGAGAGAAGAAUCCGACUCUGCCAGUGUGGCAAUUAA